UUUUUAUAAAUAUAAUUUUUUACGAUUUAUUAUCAUUAAAUAAUAUAAAAUUUACUGAAUACACAAAAUUAUAUAUUUGCAAAACAAUAUUUUCCCCAAAACUUUUAGUGGAACGGAGGUAGUAUCAAUGAAACAAAAUGAUAAAUGGGUGAAACAUAUACUUAGUUCCACCAUUUUUCCAGUUUCAACAAUUUUUUCCGUUCCAAUUCGAGUUCGAACACUCUUUGCUCCCGUUCAUAAUUCGAACAAUCUUCUUAGGCGCAACACUUACGUAAACAACAGCUUUGGCUUCAGUAGUAUAGGUAACAUAUGUGUUUUAUCCCUUUUAAGCAAAAAAAAAAUAACGAUUAGAAUCUCCCACGAAAAUUUCAGUAACAGUUUGUCACCAUAAAUGUCUUAAACGACAAAACUCAAUGCGCUUAAUAGAUAAGUCUAGAGUUAGGUCUGGUUAACAAAAAUAAACAAGUUAUAUGGAAAUUAGUCUGUAAAGCUAUGUAGCUAGACAGAAUAUGAACCCUCAAAAACAAGGACUAAUAUAUUCCAUCCCUGGGAAGAUUUUGGCAUGCAAAAACCAUAGUAGUACAGAAUAUCUUAGUAUGUAAUUGUCCUAUAUACUUUUGAAGAUGAGUACUCUUAAGUCUUCUGCCUUUUUAUUGGUGCUUUGAUGGUUGUAAAUAUCAAAGCUAUCUUUAUCCAAAUUUGAACCCCAAAACAAGGACUAAUAUAUUCUAUAUUUUUAUCCAAAUAAUGUUAUAGAGAUUACCGUGGGAGAAGCUUGAUUUGAAGGCUUUGAAAUGAACGUUGAAGUUUCAAAGAAAAUUUGAUUUUGGUGAUGUCCCAGAGAGUUAAAAUUGAUUUUGUGUCUUGCGCAUCAAGUAUCUAGAUUUAAUUACCUAUUAGUAACUUUCAAGGGAAAUAAAGGACACUAGGAGACGCAGAAUAGUCACAAAAGGACAGGACAAUGAGAAGAAAAUAUUUGAUUUUUGUUAAUCUCUUACGAACUGCUUGUGUUACAUAACGAUCACAUUGUGUUACACACGAGUUCGAGAGAAAGAAUAAGAUAGACGUUUCAGGCUUAUAAACUUUUCUGAAAAUACUUUUGUAUUAUUGAGAUUCGGUGAUGUGUUUACAACAGAUGAUUGAUCUUUAUAUAGAGAUCGAAUCAGUACAAGUAUAAGAGACACAACACUUUAUACUAAAGAACACAAUAUGAAGAAUUACAACUCUUUGUGUAAUAACAUAAAUAACUAACUUAUGUAAAUGUAUUAAGGAGAGAUUAGAUUAUAGUUUAACAAUUUUUGAGGCUGUGAGCUCUACGCUAUCUUUUCGUUGUAGUUCUCAAGAAUAUUACUCCAGUUCUUUUUGGCAUAUAGUUAUAUAAAUACAAAACGACGUAUUCGUCCCCGCCAAGGAAUGUACUUGUGAACCAUAUUGUGUUUUGUAAUGAAUAAACCAACUUGUUAUUGUUCUCUUUUACAACACUUUUUAUUUAUUUUUCUUGAAUUCCAUUCUUUUCAUGAGUCUAUAAAUAUACAUAUAUGUAAGCAGAGCAAUUACACAACACACACACACAAUCCAAAUCAAAGCAAACAAAAAAAAAACUUAAAGAGAGUUUCUCAUGGCUUCCAAAACAACCCGACAAUUUCAUCCUCAUCUUCACUUUGUUCUCUUCCCUUUCAUGGCGCAAGGCCACAUGAUCCCCAUGGUCGAUAUUGCAAGGCUCUUGGCUCAGCGAGGUGUGACUAUAACCAUUGUCACAACACCUCACAACGCUUCCCGGUUCAAGAACGUUCUUAACCGGGCCAUUCAGUCCGGCUUGCCCAUCAACGUUGUCCAGGUGAAGUUUCCAUCUCAAGAACCGGGUUCACCACAAGGACACGAGAAUGUGGACUUGCUUGAUUCAUCGGUGCCGUUAGCAACUUUCUUUACAGAUAUUAAUAUGCUCGAGGAACCGGUGGAGAAGCUCUUGAAAGAGAUUGAACCAAGGCCAAACUGCAUAAUCGCCGACAUGUGUUUGCCUUUUACAAACAGAAUCGCCAAGAACUUUGGUAUACCGAAGAUCAUCUUUCAUGGCAUGUGUUGCUUCAACCUUCUUUGUCUGCACAUCAUGCGGCAAAACUACGAGUUUUGGGAAACUAUAGAGUCUAAUAAGGAGUACUUCCCCAUCCCAAAUUUUCCAGGCAGAGUUGAGUUCACAAAAGCUCAGCUUCCGCUGGUAACUGGUGAUGGAGAUUGGAAAGAGAUUUUGGACGGGAUGAUUGAUGGGGAUAACACUUCUUAUGGUGUGAUUGUCAAUACGUUUGAAGAGCUUGAACCAGCUUAUGUUAGAGACUACAAAAAGGUUAAGGCAGGUAAGGUAUGGAGCAUCGGACCGGUUUCCUUGUGCAACAAGGUAGGUUUAGACAAAGCUGAGAGGGGAAAUAAGGCGGCCAUAGGUCAAGAAGAGUGUUUCAAAUGGCUUGAUUCUAAAGAAGAAGGGUCGGUGCUAUAUGUUUGCCUUGGAAGUAUAUGCAAUCUUCCUCUGGCUCAGCUCAAAGAACUAGGGCUUGGCCUUGAGAAAUCCCAAAGACCUUUCAUUUGGGUCAUAAGAAGUUUGGAGAAGUAUAAUGAAUUAGAUACAUGGAUCUCAGAGAGCGGAUUUAAAGAAAGAAUCAAAGAAAGGGGUCUUCUCAUAAGAGGAUGGUCGCCACAAGUGCUUAUCCUUUCGCAUCCUGCCGUUGGAGGAUUCUUGACACACUGUGGAUGGAACUCGACUCUUGAAGGAAUCACCUCAGGAGUUCCUUUGCUCACAUGGCCAUUGUUUGGAGACCAAUUCUGCAAUGAGAAACUGGCUGUGGAGGUAUUAAAAGUAGGUGUGCAGUCAGGUGUUGAAGAUCCCAUGAGUUGGGGAGAAGAGGAGAAAAUUGGAGUAUUGGUGGAUAAAGAAGGAGUGAAGAAAGCAGUGGAAGCAUUGAUGGGUGAUAGUGACGAAGCUAAAGAGAGGAAAGAAAGAGUCAAAAAGCUUGGUGAAUUAGCUCACAAGGCUGUUGAUGAAGGAGGCUCUUCUCAUUUCAACAUCACAUUACUCUUGGAAGACAUAAUGCAACAAGCACAAAUCAAGACUUGAUUUUAUCUUUGCUCUUCAUAGGAUCAUAUAUAUGCAUGUAACGUGUUUGUUAUUAAUUAAUCAAGAAUUCAAGAUUCAGCUACCAAACUCGUAUUAAAAUAAUGAAAACCA